AUGGCUAAUGUAAAUUACUAUAAAAGUCCACCACCUACAGUUGAUGACAAUCCAAUAGUUUAUGAAAGUCAAUUAUGCCUAACAAAGCGUAAAAGAAAUUUACUGAUUAUAGUUAUUGCGAUUGUUUUUAUCAUCGGUGUAUUCUAUGCAACUGUAAAGGCUGUAUUUAGUAGAAAUUCGAUAAAUUCGAAUGGUAACAAAACAGAAGACUUGCUUCUAAUGUGUCGAUUUGAUAAUCAAAAUGAAAAUCAAUAUUGGAGUGGUGAUAAUGUAUCAGGUACCAUCGAAUUUAUCAAUAAUAAUUAUCCAGAAUUGAAAUUACGAAGUCUUAAUAUUACACUAGUCGGUAUGUUUGUGUAUACGACUUCAUCAAAAACUGGAAACAAAGGACUAUCAAAAAAAACUAAACAUGAAGUAUUAUUUUUCGAAAAUGAUCUUAUUGUAAAAUCGAUUAACAAUGAAAAUCAACUUGUUCUACCACUUGGAAAUUAUACUUGGUCGUUUAGUGGUCGUCUUGAUCAACGUUUAUCACCUUCGAUCGAACAAUCUAAAACAACAAGUCCAUCCAUUCGUUAUUUCGUUCGCGUUAAAAUAGUUCGAACUGAAUGGUACAAAGUAAAUUUUUAUAAAGAAUUUGGUAUUAUUGUUCGAAAUAAUUCAUCAUGGCCUGCUAAUGUAACAAGAUUUGAGAAACAGAGUGAAUCUCGACGAGGUAUUCAAGCUCGUGUUAAUUUUCCAAAAACUGUUGUCGCUGCUGGAAAUAAAUUAUCGUUUGAUGUUGUUUUGCAUAAUUCUCAAAAAACUUCAGUACGUGGAAUAUCAGCAACUCUUACUCAAAUAUGGGAAAUUGGUCAAAUCAAAACAGAAGGUCUCGCACUAUUUGAUACGAAACUAGAAAAAUUUGAAUCAUCAUCAAUCGAAAAAUUUCAUAAAACUUUCGAAUUAAAUGUGCCUGACAACAUUCCUGCUACGUUUUCAUCUAAUCUUACUUCGUCGACGACUCAUAUUCUAGUAGCCGUGCAUUAUGAACUUACGGUUAAAGUUGAUAUUGAUGGCAUUUUUGCAAAUAUUAAUCUAGAAGUUCCACUAAUUAUCAUCAAUGCAAUUGAGAAAAAAAGAACAACAAAUGCUGUCUUCAUCCAAUAA